CAUAACUGACCUUGAUGUACAGCUGUAUCUUUUUGUUAUGCAAUCCAACAUAUCACGUGAUAUAAGGGUAGAUGCACACUAACGCGUUCACUUUGACUCUUUAUUUUUCUUCAUACGAUGAACACCAUUCCUGUACUGAUCGCCUCCAAAGACUAUAAAGCUCUUUUAGAUACAUGUGAACAAGAAGAAAUCCAAUACAAUCAGCUUGAAAUUAUCUAUCCCAUCUAUUUAGCAGGUUGCAUCUUGACAAACGAUCUUCAAUCAGCGCGUCAUGUACGCAAAAGAAUCCUUGUCAAUAAGACAAGUUCACCAGAAAUUGAAGCUAUCUGGACAGUCGUCGUGGAUUUGAUCAAAAAGGCUUAUCCACAAGUCUAUCAAGACCUAAGCCAGUUUGAAUGGUCUGAAUGGAUGCAGCCUUUGAUUGAACAGAUCAAGGAAAACACAAGAGAACAUUUGUUUUAUUUAAUAUCGCAAGUGUAUACAUCAAUGGAAUUAUCUCAAGCAUCGCAAUACUUUGGUGUGUCUGAAGAAGAAGCUUUACAAGAAAUGACAAACCGUGGAUGGAAAUACAAUGAAUCGACCCGUAUUUUAUAUCCAACCAAGACAACCUUCCCUACACUGGCUACUACACAUCAUCCUCAACACUUUGAGAAAUUAGCAGAUAUUGUAUUAAGUCUCGAAAAGUUUUAAUAAAUCUUUUUAUUUCUCUUGCUGA